AUGUUGACCAAAAAAAGUAAAAGAAGAAGACGGCUAUGGAUGGUCGUUCCCAGCGCUUUGAUAAUGUCUCUUGUCUGCAUAUUUAUGUUUUGGGCUUUAAGUACGUGAAAAUCCAUUAACAGAAGAAGGUAAAAAAGGGUCUAAUUUCCCGCCAAGAUGGAACCCAUAGGAAAGGACAACAGCAAAAAAAGAAACCUCUAGUACGAGAUAAGCCAAAUAAAUGAGAAAGAGAAAGGAAAGAGACUUUCAAAAUCAGAAAUCGUUCAUCUUCUCCUCUUGAAUCUUGGUAUAAGCUGGCCUGGAAUUGUUUCUCGAUGCCCUGCGGCUGCGAAUCAUAGCUCUGUUGGGCAAAAGUUCGGACUACACUUUCUGUUCCUCCGAAGAAUGGGUCCAAAAAGAGGCAGGAAGAAACGUGCGAGUUGUCUUUUCAACUUCCAAACCCUAAUUUCUUCCAUUUCUUCUCCACAGGGUCCAAAACCAGAGACAAUGGAAGGCUUGUAUUUACUACUCCUUAAUUUGGGCUGCUCUAAUUCUGAAUCCAAUUUGAAUUUCCCCGAGACGGAAUUCAAUUUGAACGAGUUCAAAAUCAAAUUCAAAGAUAUUCAUGAAAUGUCCAAUGUCUUAUUCGAUAAGCUCGGUGCAAAGUUCAAUGAAUUAUUCUCUUGUUUGAAUGAUGUUUCUGCUCAUCCGGCUCAAGGACAAUCAAUCUUCCAUGUCAAUGUUCAAGCCGCUAUUAAAGAGCUAACCUCGCUUUUGAGAUGUUGCAUUGUUGUUUUCAAGUUGCUUGUUUUGGAUCAGAAGCUUGUUAUUGAAAAAGGUCGAAUUCUUUUAGGGAUACUAAGGAGAUGUGUUUCUGUGGAGUUAAAGGGAGGGAAUGGCAGAAAUUGUUGUAAUUUUGAAGAGGAGGUUUCGCAUGAAUGUAUGUUUGUGGAUGAUGAUGCUACUACCUCUCUUUUCGAGCACUUGGUUACUUCCAUAAGUUUCUCAGAACCUUGUAAUCCAUUCCAUGCAAUCUUGUGUACUGUGCUUGAGGUAUUUGCAGAUGAGCUUCUGAUGUAUGAAUCAGUGAGGCAGUACCUUUUGCUUGUUGACUCUCUCUCUUGUGUCAAUGAAUUUCUAUUCAUACGUCACUUUGGCCCUGGUAAUAUUGGAAGUGUGCUGGAGGUUAUUUCUGCUCACUUUAUUCUCUCUAUUCCUGAUGACCAAGCAUUUAAGGAUUUCCUUAAUAGGCUGUUUUGGCUUCCUGACAAUAAUUUCAGAGUUCCUGAAAUGACAUUGACUACAGCCUUGUCAUUGUUGCUCAACCCCAUCAUGUUGUCUGCACCGAAAAUGUUUCAGGCAUAUUUAAUUUUAUUGGUUUCUGAGGUCAUUGGAACUGGCAUAUCGUUCGAGCAUUUGAUAAUAAGAAGUGAACUGAGAUCGUACCUUGCAGCAUUUGAAAGGUCAGUUGCCUUGUACACCAGACACAUGUCCAAUUUGAACAUGAAAGGCUACCCCAUAGUUGAUGAUGAUUCUUUUGUGAAAUCACAUUUUCUUGCAAGUAACAGUCAGAUGGAUUUUGAAUCAUGUCUUUUGCCAGCCACAAGAGAGAAAAUUCAUAAUCUGAUCACAAAAUGCGAAAAAGUAUGGAAUUCGUGUUUGAGCAACACUUUACUAAAAACAAAGUCUGACCUGGUGGCUGCCUCUGUUGCAUACACAAAAGAGAGCCUUCAUGUUAUUGAGGAAUCCUCUAGAGAUGAAAUUCUAUCAAUCUUAAGCUGCAUAAUACUCAGGGGUUCUUCUGAUGAUGUUGAUGACACUUUACUGCAUAAAAAGGAAGAUACUAGUCCUCAAGAUAUAUGUCUUCUGGCAUCUAUACUGAAGCUAAUGAGUAGUUCAAUGUUACAAGCUGUAAGGAUUCUAACAAAAGGCAGAAAUUCUGGGUCUUUGAAAACAUUGGAAAACGUUGCAUUAAGUAAGGAGUAUAAUUUUUUGGUGGCUACUUUUGAUUGUUUUCAACAGUUCAGUGUUCGUCUACCAGUUCAAAAGUUCUUGCAUGACAUGAUGGAAAUUCAGCCAACAAGGCAUAAGAAGUCCAAGUGGAUUUUUUUUCACUUUUCAGGCUUGUUGUCGCUAAGUUAUGCUAGUGGGCUUGAUUUUCUAGUUAAGAAUUGCAUAUUUACAUUGAUGAUACUAUUGAAUUUUUUUGUUUUCGAAGAGGGUGAUUUACAUGCAUUGGGAUCAUUACUUGGCUCAGGGGUCGAAACUUCAUCUCAUAAAUCUCGUAGUAAAGUCAGAAAAUCUGAAUUUUGCCAUAAAGCUAGAGAGGUUCUUGCGGGCCGAAAAUCUAGCCGAGCAGUUGCACUAAAAUUUCAGAAAAUUCGUACAUUGUACUUGGGAAUGGAUUCUAGGACAAGUUUAGAACAUGCGCCUAUUGUGAAUCAUGUUGAAUCAGCUCUUAGCAUAGAAGAGAAUACAGGGAAAACUUGCAAUGGUGAGAUUUUUCUCAGGUGCAUAUCAGAAGGCUCCCGAAACUCAUCUGAUAUUGAUGAUUUAGCAGACUUCAUUGAGUGCAAACGGGGAAAAGAUUAUUCUGAAUGGUUGAGGAGUCGAGAAAAAUUUAGACGGUGGAAAGCUGAGAAAAUGGCAAAUUUGAGGUGGAAGAAAAAGAGAACUUUUCUGAAGAGAGCAUAGGUUUUUUCCCCUUUUUAAAAUUUUUUUUGGGGUCAGAUUAAAGGUUCAAUGCAACAAAAACUGAACCAUAGCAGCCACAGCUUGCAUAGACGCCAGGACUCCCUAACUCUAAACAGGAAGGUAGAAACUCCAAUUGCAGGUUCCUGUUGCGACAAACGUUUCAGUUCUGGAAUUUUCUUAUCCUUGCAACAGCGUCUGCCACCGGUUUCCUUCCCUGUAUAAUAUUAACCACAACCGGUUUCCUUCCCUGUAUAAUAUUAACCACAUGCCUCGCAACAGUCACGGAUGUAAGGCUUGAGCAAGUAAUUGUCCAUUUAAGUAUUUUGUAUUCACCACAAGCUCCUAAAAGGCAUCAAACUUUAACUUCAAGUUUCUGGAUGCACAUUUGGUGGAUCUUCGAAGGAGUAUGUAAUUGUCUAUAGGUUUUUUUUUUUUCUAAUUUAAUUUUAUCUUUGGGUACAUAUGUUUUGGGGUACAUGUGUUUUGUUUCAAAUGUUAAAAUGUUAAUGAACAUAUAUUUUGAAGGUUGUAACUA